AUGAGCCCAUGUACUAUGGUGUUCGUCAACGCUUCCGGCCCUCACGCAGAGGCCUACACCGCUCAGGUAACCUUCGGGUACCCUGAGGGUGUCACCGUGGUGGACUUAGUGCCAGAGAACAUCCGGCACAUGAUCCACCCUCACUGGAACAACUACCCUCCGGUCAACCCCAUGUGGCACUAUGUGCUUGGUUGCAUCUACAUCAUCUUGGGCUGUCUCUCAUUCUUUGGCAAUGGGUUGGUGAUUCUGCUUUACCUGAAGAACAAGUUCCUGCGAACACCAUCCAAUCAGCUGGUCCUCAACCUGGCCAUCAGUGACUUCCUCAUGCUGAUGACGCAGUUUCCAUUCUUCACCUACAACUGCUUCAGUGGCGGAGUGUGGAUGUUCAGUGAGACCUUCUGCGAACUCUAUGCUUUCUUCGGAGCUAUCACCGGCAUCGCAUCCAUCUGGACGCUGUCCUUCAUCUCCUAUGACCGGUACAACGUGAUCGUAAAGGGCGUGAGCGGAACGCCCUUGACCUCCGGAAGGGCCACCCUCUUCGUCCUCUUCUCCUGGAUCUACGCCAUCGCAUGGUCGCUGCCACCCUUCUUCGGCUGGGGAAAGUACAUUCCUGAGGGUAUCUUGGACUCCUGCUCCUUCGAUUACCUCACCCGCGAUGACAACCUCCGAUCCUACGGAAUCAGCAUCUUCGUCUUCGACUUCUGCGUGCCUCUCUUCACCAUCGUCUUCUCUUACAUUUCCAUCGUGAAGGCCAUCUUCGCCCACGAGGCCGCCAUGAGGGAGCAGGCCAAGAAGAUGAACGUGUCCAACCUCAGGUCAAACCAGGAUGCCCAGACACAGUCCGCCGAGGUGCGCAUCGCCAAGGUCGCCUGCACCAACGUGGCUCUGUGGGUGGUCUGCUGGACGCCCUAUGCCGCUAUCGUCGUCCAGGGGUUGUUCUUCGACCAGGGCUCCAUCACACCUCUCGUGACCAUGCUGCCCGCCCUUCUGGCAAAGUCUUCUGCCUGCUACAACCCCAUCGUCUAUGCCAUCAACCAUCCUAAGUUCAGACUGGCCCUCCAGAAGCAGAUGCCUUGGUUCUGCAUUCACGAGAACACCGAGACUUCCUCCUCCCAGUCCGACACCAAGUCCAUCGAGACAAAGGAAGCCAAGGAGGAUGCUUAA